AAUCACAGUGGUAAAAUUGCCGCCUUCUCCGAACCUUCUCUCUCUGCAGUCUGCAACUAGUCAUCGUUGCUAAGCCGCCACCUGCAGCUGCAAAUGAAACUCACCUCCCCUCCAUUUUCUCACAAUUGCAAGCCUCGCUCAUCCCUUCAUCUCCUCAAUUUUAGAUGCUUCGCUUCAUUUAUUUGUUGCUAUUUUUACUCUCACUUUCCCAAUUACUAAUAAUCCAAUCGGCGUCCUUCUCGGGACACCGCCGCAGCCUCCUCCAAAACGACACCAAAUGCCCUCUCCACUUUGGAUUCCUGCGGCGGCUGGCGCCGGACUCCAAACGCCCUAAUCUCGACACCCACUCCGAGUGCCAGUACAUCCUGCAAGGCCUCCGCCUCGUCCUCGCCGACCACCUCCGCCGCACCGACUCCUUCCUACCCCCGCUCGACUCCGCCGACUCGUGCUGGGGCGUCUACCAGUCGCUCGUCGGGGAGUACGUCUCCGGCUUCGACAUCCGCAGCCGCUGCGGCUUCGAGACGCCGUGGAUCGCCCGCGGCUGCAUGAACAUCACCACGCGCCAGGAGUUCGAGAAGGCCGUGCCUCGACCCGCCCUCGACGAGGUCGAAGCCGCCUGCAAUCAGUCGCUCCUCAACAAUUCCCCCUGCGCCUCCUGCACCGUCAAGCUCGCUAGAAUUAGGGCGUCGUAUCUGCAGGGAGCGUCGAUCGGGAACGUCUCCGAUUGCACGGCGUAUCCCUUCAUCUACGCCGCGGCCUUCUCCAAUCAAUUCGGCCCCACCGAUGUAGGUACGACUAAGUGUUUGUUCAAUCUCGAUUUCACAUCGCCCAAAUCGAAUAGCAAGAGGAAGAAGAUUGUCAUUUCUGUUGUAGUGGUUGCUUGCGUUUUGAUUUUGGUCCUAGGGUUUGCUGUGUUCUGGUUCGUUCGGCGUAGGAAGGAACGAUUAUUGAAGCAGAAAUUGAAAAGUAUGCGAACCGAUACUAAUAUGAGCUCUGGAUUAGAUUCAAUUAGUGCUAGCACAACAUUGAUUAGGUUCACAUUCGACGAAAUUAAGGCGGCCACAAGAAAUUUCGCUAGGGAUCAUAUAAUUGGGAGAGGAGGGUAUGGAAAUGUGUAUAAGGGCGUUUUGCCUGAUGGCUCUGAAGUUGCAUUGAAGAGGUUCAAGAACUGCUCUGCAGCAGGGGAUGCUAGUUUCACUCAUGAAGUCGAGGUAAUCGCGAGUGUCAGACAUGUAAAUUUGGUUGCUUUGAGAGGAUAUUGCACGGCCACUACGCAUCUGGAGGGUCAUCAGAGGAUAAUUGUGUGUGAUCUGAUGAAGAAUGGGAGUGUUCAUGAUCAUUUGUUUGGGUUGGUGGAGAACAAGUUGAGUUGGCCUAUACGCCAGAGGAUUGCCCUUGGGACGGCUAGGGGGCUCGCUUAUCUGCAUUCUGGUGCACAGCCCUCGAUUAUUCAUAGGGAUAUUAAGGCGAGUAACAUUCUGUUGGACGACAAGUUUGAGCCUAAGGUGGCGGAUUUUGGAUUGGCGAAGUUCACACCAGAGGGGAUGACACACUUGAGCACUAGAGUUGCAGGGACAAUGGGAUAUGUGGCACCUGAGUAUGCGUUGUAUGGACAGUUGACGGAGAGGAGUGAUGUUUAUAGCUUUGGAGUGGUGCUGCUUGAGCUUUUGAGUGGGAAGAAAGCACUCAUUGCGGUGAAUGAUGGACAGCCGACUCUAGUGACUGACUGGGCCUGGUCUUUGGUUCGGAAAGGGAGAGCUUUGGAUGUAGUGGAAGAGGAUAUGCCGGAAUUGGGCCCUCCGGAGCUUGUGGAGAAGUAUGUGUUGGUGGCUGUUCUGUGUUCGCACCCUCAACUAUAUGCUAGGCCGACAAUGGAUCAGGUUGUGAAGAUGUUGGAUACAGACGUGGCCAUCCCUUCAAUACCUGAAAGGCCGAUUUCUCUCAUUGCGAAUCUUGAUGACAUCGAGAGGUCUGUGAGUAGUAGUGGUUCUGGUACUCUGUCGACGCCUGCUGGGUAUCAAACUUACACUUAUGAGCACGAGGAGGAGAAGGAAGAUGAGAACCAAAGUGGUAGGUAGCUUCCUUCGAGCAGGCUCAUUUUUUUGGUUGAUGUAUAGUCAUGGCAAUGAUUCUUUAUAAGUUGAACAAUUGUUGUUCAAAGCAUUGGGGUGAAGUGUUUUAUCACACGCUGUAUAGUUAUUUUCCAUUUUUUGUACAAAUAUGUAUUUUUAUGUGUUCUUGUGGGUUGAUGCCCCAAAUGAAGCCAGAUUAUCUUUCUCACUA